AGUGUAACCUAACCUAACCUCGCGUCGUUUGUGGUCUGGUCAUCUGUGUUGUCGACGGUAGAAUUUGCGCGGUUUUUCGCAAUGAUCGAAGAUGUGAAGUAGUGGGUUCGAUCGAGAGGCUUUAGGACCUCGAGCAUUCUCAAGUGGCGUUGAGUUAGAGAUACAGUAUUCUUCCAUCGUGUAAGAUAAUCUAUAAACAUGGCCAAGAGAAAAUCAUACAUUCGGAAACGAAGCUCCAUCCGUAGAUCCACCGGUUCCGGACUUCUCGACCCGGACACAAACAUCAUGGACGAAGAACAAACAUUCUGGUACGAUCACUUGCAGGAGAAAACGUUUCCGCGGCAUUCCUUGAGUCACACUGUAAACGAAACACCCAGACAGCUGGACCUUAGUUCGCGGAUGGAGUCUAGCCAGGAUCGUUUGGAAUGGUGGAAAAAUUUGGAUCUCUCCGAUAGCGAUCACGCUGCUUCGACAAGCUCAAGACACAAUUAUAGCGCAGCGAUAGUUAAAACCAAUAUAUUGCAAACUUCAACGUCUGAGUCGGAAAAGGAGCUUGAGUUAAGAAAGCGAAAGGUUCAUUUGAGAGCAGCAAAUAACAGGAAGAGUACUAACAAUGCCUUUUCGAGUGCUUUGAAUGAUACCGAGGUAACCGUUCCAUUAAAAUUACGGAAGAAACAAGCAAAUUAUUCUGAGCUUCAUAGCGAUUCGGACAGAGGAGUCUCGCGAGAAAGGUUGCAGGAAGAUGAAGAGGACGAUAAUCUUAGCCUAAGUGAGAAAAUUUUGAAAUCAAAGCCACGUAUUUCUCGAAAAAGGAAAAAUGACAGUGCAAAGGAUCAGAAUCCCUUUCAGGAUAUACUGACGGAAGAUGGUGCUUUGAAUGGCAACACCAAGAGACAAUCGGUCGCGCUUGAAAAGGAAUCCUCGAAGCGUUUGAUGCACCGAAGUAUUGAUGUAAGUAAAGAACAUGCUGACGAUAAAAGGAAAUCAGUGAGAGCGUCUCAAGCAAUACCACUGAAGAGUGUCGAGACCGAUUCCUUGAAUUUAUUACCUCCAAAUGUCGAGAAUGCAGCGCUUCAGAGUAAUGAGAUCGUUCAAAGCAGCGAUGAAAGCAGUGAAAUUGUGCACAACAAACCUUUGAAUGUCCGCCUUCUACAGCGCGCGCGGAAGAGCGUAGGAAGGAAUGCCUUUGCAGAUGCUCUAGCCGAUGACGUAAAUGUCGAGAAUGCAGCGCUUCAGAGUAAUGCUAAUGAGAUCGUUCAAAGCAGCGAUGAAAGCUUUGAAAUUGUGCACAACACACCUUUGAAAUUCCGCCUUCUGCAGCGUGCGCGGAAGAGCGUAGGAAGGAAUGCCUUUGCAGAUGCUCUAGCAAACUCCUCUACAGCUAAUCCGAAUAAGGAGAACGAUAUUCACGAUAACGAACCUCCAUUAAUGCCACCACCAACACUCAGCCCGUCAAAAAGAUCUGUCAACAGAUCUAAGACUAAGAUCGACAUCACGCACGAAAAUUCACCAACUCGUAAAAGGUCAAGAUCAUCUCUGAUUGCGGAAAAGAAACAAUCAUUAGACGCGCGAGCCAAAGAUAAUAUUGAAGCAAAUUCGAGCAGCUCAUCCUUAGAUGAUGAUGAAUCCCGCAGGAAGAAGUCUGUAUUUUUGAAAUCAAAAUCAGGAAAUUUACGUAAGAGCUUAAAUAAGAACCCGUACGAAGAAAUAUUAGAGGAGGACAGUAAUAUCAGCGCAAGAAAAAGUAAUGUUUCAACUAAAGAUAAUCGCGUACCAGUGCAAGCCAACGAUAAUACUGGAGGAAAUUCGAGCAACUCAUCUUUAGAUAAUAAUGAAUCCCGCGGGAAGAGGUCUGUAUUUUUGAAGCCAAAAUCAAGAAUUUCAGCAAGUUUUCGUAAGAGCCUAUCGAAGAACCCGUUCGAAAAAAUACUUGAGGAGGACAAUAUCAGCCCAAGAAAAAGUAAUGCUUCAACUGAAGAUAAUCGCGCUUCUUUGGAACGAGAUGAAACCGCAACAAGGAUUAACCAGAUGCGUGGAUCUUUAUCAACAGAGAAACGCUCGCAAUCAGAAAGGAAUAGAACGAGCGUGGAAGGGUCCGAUAUAUCUCUUACGUCAUCAAACUCACAGAUGUCAUCAAACUCAGAGAACCCAUCAAACGUCGAGAGAGAUGUAUCUAAGAAAUCGAAUGUAUCUUUGGAAAAUAAGAGUAGAAUAUCAGAAAACAGCGAUCUCGCGAAUGCGUCAAAAUCAAUUUCUCGAAAGAGUAUAGUAGCUAAAACGCCAGAAAAAGAAGUUUCUUUCAGCCGCAAAUCCACCAGAGAGGAAACUUCGAAGAGACAUACAAAUGCGAUUGGUAGUACAAGUACUAAUAAUAUAGUAACACCUGAAAUUAGCGAUAAUUCACGCGAUGACACAGAUAUAGAACAAGAUUUAAGUACUUUCAAACGAGUGUCUAAAUCAGGCCCUGAUAAGGAAGGUCGUUUGACGCGUGACACUUUAAGAAAUCGGUCUGAAACACCAAAGUCUGCGAACAUAGGAGUACAUAAAGUUCUUGAUAACUCGCAAAAUGAUGCAAGUAGCAAACGUGCUUCAAGUGUGCCCAAACGAUUGUCCAAGUCAAGCCCCGGUAUAGAAACUCGUUUGCCGCGUUUAAGAAAUCGGUCUGAAACACCAAAGUUUGCAAAUACAGUACAUGAAGCUAUUGAUAAUUCACACAAUAAUACAAAUAGAGAACAUGAUUCAAGUUUGCCAAAACGACUGUCGAAAUCGAGUCCCGCUAAAGAAGAUCGUUUGACGCGUAACAAUUUCAGAAAUCGGUCUGAAACGCCAAAGUCUAUAAGCAAAAAUAUGGAAUUGCCUAGACGAUCUAUAAACUGGAUCGCCGAUAAUGAAGAAUAUAACGUUAAUGCAGAUUCAGAAAUAAAUAUAGGUGGUAUCUCGCAGAUAAUGAGUUCUACGAGUAUUUCUAAAGUUAACGCAAAUAUAGGAACACACAGAAGCACUAUUCAGUCAGUUGAAAUAGAAGCGGCCGAUGGUGAAAAUACAGAUCUUGGGAUCCAAAUAACUCAACGACAUUCCACUUCGACAGAAGCUGAAACAGGCAGCAAGGCAGUAAAUCGGCAGAGCGUGCAGAGUUCGAAUAGGACCAGCAUUAAAGAGAGUAGAGAAACUGCAGGUAGACAAACAAGUUUGAAUAAGUCCCAAAAUUAUCGCAAUACAUCGGUUAGAGCGUCAGGCAAAGAUGUUUCUUUCAAUGCUAGUAAGCUAAAUUCAUCAAAGAUACCAAGAAAGAUCGAUGAUUUUUUCAAAGUGAAACAAGCUUCGACAACGAUAGAUAAAUCGAAUGAGCGCGCGCAGAAGUCGCAAACCUUCGAUACUGAGAAAAUGGAGAAGAUUAAGACGGAGUUGGAGAGAAUAAAGAAGCGUGAGAUGGCCGCGAUGAAAAAAGUCACGACCGAUAAGAAAGAAUCUGCGUUAAAAACGAAAGAUGUGAAAUAUCUUACGUCUAAACAAGCUACGAAAAAGAAGCCGGUCGCCAAUGUUACGAAAGUAGUGAAUAAGGCAUUCCUGGUAGAUGGAAAGGUAUAUAGAGCACCGAGACUCCCUCGUCCGAAGCAUUGGGCUACAGAUCGUCUUUAUAAGUUUCUGUGGAAUCGCAUGGAGCCGAAGUACAAAUUGGCGACGAGAUUAAAGUCCGAGAAAUUCGUGCAAGAAUUAGCUAAGAUAGUCUCUUUAGUUGAGCGCCGUAAGAAUUAUGAAAAUUAUGAGAUCGAAAUGCAGGCUCUGAUGAAGCAAAUGGCUCGCUUGGGAAUUAUUAGUACUCGUAAUGAUUUUUAUCAUUUCUGUCAGGAUUUUAUGCCAUACGAGUUUCGCGUUAAAGUUGUACCUAUGUUAUUGCCCGGCAACAAAAAUAAUAUUCCUUAUGACCCAGAAAAGUUGUACAUUCCCUUACUCGAUAGCGAUUAACACUGUUAAGACAUAAAGACAUAAUUACAGCGCGACAGAAUAUAUUAAUUAUUUUUUGAAGCUAUGUUUAUAAUGCUUCUAAUUUAAUGUUGAGUGUACAUAUAACAUGUAAUUAAUCUCUAUAUGAAAGUGUAUAUUAUAUAAUGUUAACUAAUACACACAUAUAAUUGAUAAUAUAUUUUUGAUAGAUGCAAGAUUAAAAGAAAAAUGCGAAAGGUGUUGUUUAUUGCACUAUCUAUAAGCUCCAUGUAAAUUUUAGAAUACGAUUAUUUUUGUAUUUUUCAAUAAAAAGUAAAACAUUGCGCAUAGCGAUAAGUAUAGCAUUACAUAAAAACUUGUAACAAGAAACGUUUUCCAACCAUUAAAAUAUUUAUAUAUUAUUCAA